CCCCUGCCUUGUGCUGUGAUGAUGUCGGUGGACGUGACCAAUCGCAACUGCCCGGCCGCCACGCCUCCCACCUCGCUCAGCCUUCGCUCCUCGCACAACCAGCUGCUGAGCGGCGACGUCGUCCGACAGGGCUCCGCCACGCCCCCCAAGUGUCGCAAAAAGUACGCCCUCACCAGCAUCCAGGCCGCAAUGGGCCUCGGGGAGGUGGCGGCGGCGGCGGCUGCUGCGAUGGCUGCGGCGUCUUCAUCCUUGCCAGCGUCCCCGUCGCGGGCCUCGACCGCCAACAACCUCAAGCUGGCCAAGAACGGAGCCAACCAGCUGCGCAAAGCCGGCCAGGAUCACAACAAGAACACGACGGACCCAGAGGCCGAGGCGACGGCAGACGAGUUCAACGUCAACGUGGCCGAGGAGCACGGCGGUCACGCUCUCACCAAUAACGACCCGGAUGAGGAGGAGGAGGAGGAGGAGGAGGAGGAGGGGGAGGAGGAGGAGGAGGUUGAGCUGCACUCAAACACCGAUGCGGCCCCCGAGCAGAAGACUAAAUCAGACACGGACUGUGAAGUCAACGCGGCCGUAGAGCUCCAACUGAACGGCAACACGACGACAGACAUCGACACAGAGGAAAGUGAUGACAUCAGCAUACUGUCCGAGAAGGAGAUGAUGUCAAGGAUGAAGAUCGAGGAGGACGGAGACGAGGCGGCGGAGGAGGAGCAGGAGAACGAGGAGGACAAGCCUCUCCUGUCGAUGCCAAGUGAGCCCCCCGUUCAGAAGUGCAUCGUGUCCCCGUGCCUGGAGCUCAUCUCAGAUCUCCGCUCCAACCUCAAACUCCAAAGGGAGGGGGGCAAGGACUCGCCGGUUCCCCCUCCGCCCUCGCCGCCCAAGCAGGCCAGCCCGGAGGACGUGCCCCUGCUCUCCGUGGCCUCAUGUUCCUCUUCCUGCUCCUCCUCUUCCUCCCCGGAUACGAAGAAGGACAGACGGACGGGGGCGAAGACGGACUGCGCGCUGAACCGCAUCCAGAAUCUGAACCCCAGCGACGAAGAGUUGAGCUGGACCACUCUGUCCCAGGAGAGCAACUCCCCGCAGGAGACAGAUAUCUGGAGCGAGCAGUCCUUCCUGACCGACCCGGACCUGCCGCCAGGAUGGAAGAAGAUCACGGACAUGGCCGGCGUCUACUACUGGCACAUUCCCACCGGCACCACCCAGUGGGAGAGACCCGCCGCUCCAGGGCAGACCGAGCCCCAGGUCCCGGGGGAGCGCUCCCUGGGCUCGCUCAGCCUCUCGCCAACUCCAGAUCACGAGGCGUGCCAGGCAGAGGUCUUCUUCAGGGGCUCGACUCGCUCGGACAGCUCCACCUCGGACAGCUCGGUGGAGCCGCUCUCCGCUCACGAGCCCGUCCUCGCCACAUGCGGCUUCGUCAACAGCUGCUACUAUCCUCGCUCCACAUCUUUCCAGGGGAUGCCCGAUCCAGAGUGUCGCUCCGAGCUUCUUGAAGACGAGGACAAGAAACAGGUGUGGAGUGAGUUUGGCGGAAAGAUUGAUAGCGAGGUGUGGAAGGACCUGCAGGCGGCCACGGUGAACUCCGACCCCAGUUUGAAGGAGUUCGAGGGAGCGACGCUUCGCUACGCAUCGCUCAAGCUAAGGAACCAUGCAGAAAUGGAAGACGAGCAGUUCUGCAAUGCCAACAGAGACCCAGAGACAAAGUGUUUCGCUGUGCGCUCUCUGGGAUGGGUGGAGAUGGCGGAGGACGACUUGGCUCCCGGAAAGAGCAGUGUCGCCGUGAACAACUGCAUUCGGCAGCUGUCCUACUGCAAGAAUGACAUCCGAGACACCAUCGGCAUCUGGGGAGAGGGAAAAGACAUGUACCUGAUGCUGGAGAACAACAUGCUGAACCUUGUUGACCCCAUGGACCGCAGCGUGCUUCACUCUCAGCCAAUCGCAAGCAUCCGGGUCUGGGGUGUCGGCCGGGACAACGGAAGGGACUUUGCAUACGUGGCGCGGGACAAAAAGACCAGGGUCCUGAAAUGUCACGUGUUCCGCUGUGACACGCCAGCCAAAGCCAUCGCCACCAGCCUGCACGAGAUCUGCUCCCGGAUAAUGACAGAGCGAAAGAAUGCCAAAGCGAUGGCGGGUUCCCUCCAAGACAGGAUACAGGCCGGACUAGAUCUCCCUUUACAAGAGUUCCCCACACCAAAGACAGAGCUGGUUCAGAAGUUCCAGGUGCUCUACCUCGGGAUGCUGCCCGUGGCCAGACCAAUAGGCAUGGAUAUCCUGAACGGAGCUAUAGACAGUGUGAUCGGCUCGUCCAGCCGAGAGGACUGGACCCCCGUGGCCCUCAACGUGGCAGACGCUACGGUCACCAUCAGCAAAGACGAGGACGAAGAGGAAGUGCUGGUGGAGUGUCGCGUUCGAUUCUUGUCCUUCAUGGGCAUCGGGCGGAACGUGCACACGUUCGCCUUCGUCAUGGACGCCGGUUGCCAUCGCUUCGACUGUCACGUCUUCUGGUGCGAGCCCAACGCCGGCAACGUGUCGGAGGCCGUGCAGGCGGCCUGCAUGCUGCGGUAUCAGAAGUGUUUGGUGGCACGACCCCCCUCCCAGAAGGCCUGUACCUCGUCGCCCCCCGGUGACUCGGUGUCCCGGCGGGUAUCGACCAGCGUGAAGAGAGGGGUCCUGUCCCUCAUCGACACCCUCAAACAAAAGAGACCCGUCACAGAGUUGCCGCAGUAACCCGUGUUUAAGCCCCUAACCUCCUGCCACGACCCCCCAGUCGUCAUGGUAACUAGUCGCAUCGCCACCAACACCCUUCGCCAUCACAGUAACUAUGGAAACACAACAUGCCACCAGGGGGUUUUGGGGGAAGCACCUGUUCGCAAAGUCCAUCGCAUACUCUGAACAAAAAUUGGAAUUUCGCCUCCUAGAGUUUAUCGGCGGAAUUAAAAUUUGUUUCCGCAAAAUACGAGACAAAAAAAAGACUCUAAUCCCACAUCAAGAAGGAAAAAACCCACAGAGAAACACCCGAUGUGGCGAUCGUGUACAUAGACGUGACUCUCACCCCCCGGCCCCCUCAGCGCAGAGAAGGAGUGAGGAGAAGGAAGCAAAGACUUAAGAGGAAGUAGGAGGCACAGCGUGUGUGAUGAGCGAGCUCAUUGCUGCCCGAGCUGCUGAACUCUCCGUGCUCUUAUUGUAUUUGUGUCUGUGCUGCCAGCAUGACCUUGCACCCCCCCCCCCCCCCCCCACAUGCCAUUCAACUGGUUGUCCUGUUAGUCUGUAGUGCCCCCUGCCCCCCCCCCCCUUCUCAUUGUUUCCUGUGGACUAUAACGUGAAGUAGAAGGACAGAAUCAUGAAAGCGAUCACGUCCGAUUUACAGUCGGCCAGAAAGAGUGAAAGAAGGAAACUGCUUCCGACUAAAGAGGUUGAUUCGUCAGUCUACACGCACUAACCUGAUCCUGCAUGAACAUUUUAUAUCAACGUGAACCAUUCUAGACAAUAUCAAUACACUGCUGCGCUGCUGCUUACUGGAGGGUGAGAAAUCCGAAGCCACGUUGUUGUUGUUGUUGUUUUCUUUCUCUGUUUCUCGUCAGCUGUGCAAGAGUCAGCGUGGAGGGUCGAAACGAGCGGUGAACUUUUCACCAGAAACAUCCUACAUGCACUUCCUGUUCGCUUGUUGUUUUUUGUUCUUUUGUUAAACCCUUUGGGGAAAUGACAGACCACAGCCAUCAUGGAGAGGGAGACACAGGGAUGGACCGAUUGUUCCUUUAAAUCCCCCCUCAGUCCUCAGAGACUUCAUGUCCGCUGGAGAAAGGCCAGAGGAAUCAUGCGUAGAAGACGAAUGGAGGAAUGUGUUUUUGUACCUGAGGAGGUGCGAAGGAGGACAGACGGGCUUCACCUCCGGAUUCGGCAGUUUGUUUUUGGAGUGGACGGCCUGACAGAGACGUGUUGACUCAAACCAACAGGACUCUCCCGGGCCGCCAUCCAUGUCCAUCGUUCUGUUCACUUGAAUACACCUUCUCAGUCGUU